CGUUCUUUACUUAUAGUCAAAAUAUAUAUAUAUAUAUAUAGAUACUCUGACAUUUAAAUGUUUGUUAACGAGAGUCUGUCAUCUUUUCUCACGGCUGAAAUAAUUGUAUAUUUCAGCGAGAGAGCUAGAAAUCUAAAGUUUGAUGAAUCCAAUGCAAGACAUUUACCAACAUUGAUGAACUUUAGUAUAACAGCAUCCCUUGAGAAUCAGGGCGUACUCGUUGGUUUAAGGUUAACCGAACGACUUUUAUAUCAUGAACCUUUGUUCGGAGGAUUGCCACUUAAUAUUGCGCGGUUUGUUGGCCUUAGUUUUUGGAAAGCAGUUUUUGGGAAAAAAAUCGACUCAGUAAAAAUGGUUGACAAUGUUUUUUAUCUUUCAGAUAAUAACUUCAAGUGGCUUCUAGGGUAUCCAAGAUUAUCAAGAACAGAUCGUAUAUAUACAGCAACUAUUGCAGAUUCUGAGGAGGGUGAGGAAUUAGGCUAUUCUCUCCAAAAAGGGGAUGAUGACAUGAGGCAUCGCUGUGUUUUAAUGUACACUGUAGGUUUGAUUAAGGGUUGUGUUCAUACUCUUUCCGAGGGGGCUGAGGUGCGUGUAUCGGGUACUCACUCUAAGGAAGGUGAGUCACAAUUCUUGUUAGAAUUCAAAUAAUUAUAUAUA